GGCAGGGGCAGCGGGGCCGGAGGAGGCCGAGGCGGAGCGGGGAGCGCGGCGGGGCCGCGGCGGGGGCAGGAAAUGGCCGUUCCACCUGUUUAUGCCGAUCUGGGCAAAGCCGCCAGAGAUGUUUUCACCAAGGGAUAUGGUUUUGGGUUAAUAAAGCUUGACUUGAAAACGAGAUCUGAAAAUGGACUGGAAUUUACAAGCUCAGGUUCAGCAAACUCAGAAACAAGCAAAGUUAGUGGUAGUUUGGAAACAAAAUACAAAUGGGUGGAAUAUGGAUUGAUGUUCACAGAGAAGUGGAACACUGACAACACACUAGGCACUGAGAUCACUCUGGAAGAUCAGCUUGCACGGGGCCUGAAGCUGACCUUUGACUCCACCUUCUCUCCUAACACUGGGAAAAAGAGCGCUAAAAUUAAGUCAGGAUACAAAAGGGAGCACAUCAACCUGGGCUGCGACAUGGAUUUCGAUAUCGCGGGUCCUUCGAUACGCGGAGCCCUCGUGCUGGGCUACGAGGGGUGGCUGGCAGGCUACCAAAUGACCUUUGAGACAGCCAAGUCGAGAGUAACCCAGAGCAACUUUGCUGUUGGCUAUAAGACUGAUGAGUUCCAGCUUCAUACUAACGUGAACGAUGGGACGGAAUUUGGCGGCUCCAUUUACCAGAAGGUGAAUGACAAACUGGAAACAGCCGUGAAUCUGGCCUGGACAGCCGGGAAUAGCAACACUCGCUUCGGAAUAGCCGCCAAGUAUCAGAUUGACCCAGAUGCCUCUUUUUCUGCUAAAGUGAACAACUCCAGUCUCAUCGGGUUAGGAUACACUCAGACUUUAAAGCCAGGUAUCAAACUGACAUUGUCAGCUUUGUUAGAUGGCAAGAACGUCAACGCAGGUGGUCACAAACUUGGUCUAGGACUGGAAUUCGAAGCAUAAGGAGUGAUUCCACAAUUGCUAAUCUGAAAAUACAGCACAGCUACCUUCAGAAUAUAGUGUUCCUUUCAAUGUUUUGUCUGGGGUGCGAGUAUUGCUACGUAUCAGUCCUGCUAGUCCUGGUUAAAGACAGCUAAGCUUUAAAAAUGAUGUUGUUAAAGAAGUGGAGACAAAAGCGUAAAAAAAAUCCUAAUUCCAGGCUCUUUUUCUUUAUGUAACUGCUCAUCACAUGUGUCAGCUGCCACGUGAUAGGAAGGAGGAAGGCAUUGAUUACCUCUGCUAACAUACUGAUGGCACAAGGAAUGUGUUAAAGUGGUGUAAACCCUGAGGAUUUCCAUGCAGACCACUCCGUUGUACUGUUAAUUCCGUGAGCAAAACGUUCCGACACUUGAGGUUUCAACUGACGGGGGAAUGUGCAAACUUGUCUGGAAAAGGGAUUUUAAGAUUUUAUUUUUUUUUUUUUUAGCUCUGUAUUCCAUGAAUGGUUUGUCUUAUUUGGUGACCUCCCCCCCCACACCCCUCCAGCUGUCUCCAGAAUGCUUUAGGGUGUCUGCCUUGUCCAAGUCCCGUCGCGGAGGAGGUUUGAUGUGACUCAGCCAACGCUGCCUGUCCUGUGUUGUGGUUCCUUCCCCUUGCACUGACCAGAAAGCUUGUAAAAAACAGACAGAAUCAGGGAAGAGUCUUUGCGACUGCAAUCACACGGUUGCAUCACUUAAAUCUAAAAUGGGAAGUUUUGUUUUAUUACCACUUUUUUUUAGCAACUAAAUGGGUACAUUUUUAGAGAGUCUUCCAUUUUGUGUGGAACUAGACCCCAAAAUGCUGUACUUGACACUACUAAAAAUGGAUAAAAAACCCAAACUUGACUUGAAUAAAAUAUUGAAAUGUCACCUUUUA